CGACGGCGGCGAGAGGGGAUGGCGGGCGACUGGGGCAGCCGGGAGCUCGCCCGAUUCUACACCGUCUCCGACAAGGGCCGCUCGCUCUUCGCCGUCACCGCUCACAUCGUGUCAAGGUCAAAUGCCGAAGAUGUCUUUAAGGGCGGUUUGACCCACGCCUGAUUGAGGAGCGACGCCAGCGUGCAGAGGACCUCUUGCAGUUCUCAGUCACGGUCUCCACGCUUCACCAGAGCCACGAGAUCCGUGUGUUUUUCCAAGGAGGCGUCGGCCAAACUUGUCCGCCACUGCAGAGGGUGACGACUCGCAACGGCCUGUGGCUGCCCCUGGUGCCACCUCUUGGCCCGGGUCCCAGUCCUGGGACUGACCAGGGCUGGUACUCUGGCCAUGGCCUGGAGCAUGCGUCCAGAGUGACCAGAUUAUCGGGAAGGACGGCCACAGAGACUCGUGAGAGCCCUCGGCUGCCGCAUGAUGGAACCGGUGCUCAGACUCCAGAACUGAGCAGGCCGGGAGCUCCUGCGUGCCUCGACCGUGGGUCACGCAGCCCUGCUACAGGCGCCAUGGCCUUCCCAGAAAGCUCACCCCCUGGCGGUGGUAGUGGCAUCAGCAGCGGUACGGGGCCACUGUCCAAGGCGGCGUCAUACCUGGACCGCGUGCGCGGCUCACCGUCGCGCAGAGCCGGCUUCGACACCGCCGGCGGAAAGGGCGCCUACCUGCUGCAGGCGGCCGCACAGAUCCGGCUGGCGCUGGAGGAGGAGGCAGCUGAGCGCUACGAGGGGGCCUUCAACCACUACCAGAGCAGCGUGGGACUGCUGCUGCGCGGCGUGCAAGCGGACCCGGAUCCGGUGAGGCGCGAGGCUGUGAGGAGGAAGACGCAGCAAUACCUGAUGCGAGCGGAGCAUAUCUUCACGCAGCACCUGGGGAACGGGCCAGCACACUCCGCAGGAUUCAGCAGCCUCGGGCUCAGGCACAUGCGGAGUUUGAGUGGCCCACCCGAGGAACUCAAGUACUACAAAGUUCUCAGCAUUUUUGACAAGGUUUUACUUGUUAAAGACCAAAAUACUGGAGAGAAAUACAUCCUAAAGAGCGUGCGGAAGACAAGCGGCGACUCGCCUGGUCGGCGGACGGUGCUGCCCCAGGGCGUGCCCUACAUGGUGCCACUGCUUCGCUACUACAUCACUGACGACUCCAUAUUCUUGCUGCUGCAGCACGUACAAGGCGGGCGCCUGUGGUCGCAUGUCAAGAAGCAGUUCUCUUCUGAAGUGCCCUUUGAGGGGUUCGUGGGGCAGCGUCCACUCACCUGUAGGGUAACUUGCGGCAUGAGGGGCAGCGUGACGAGCCCCAACCUCAAACAGUACGCCGGCGCAACACCCGGGCAUUUGAGCAAGUCGACAGGCGUCGCUGACCCUUGCGAUAGCGACGAUAAUGAUGACGAAGGCGAAGGUGUCGGCUGCGACGUGACACAUCGUAUGGGGUACACACAUCCGGAUGAGCCUCAGGCGUGUCUCCCCGACGCUGGCGGGGAGACACGCUCAGACGUUCCGUCCGCUGGCACGCCGGAUUCUCAAGGAAGCGGGCAUGUGUGCGGCCUGCUCAGCCACAGCGUAAAGGAAUGCCUCUCACACAAUAGCAUGGCGGCAGGGGACGCCUACUUAAGUGUCCAAGAAGGGAUGACCGACCGAUUCCCUCCGUGCCAGGCGCCCAUUGGCGGAACCAACGCGUUCAGCGUCACACGCGCCCCCAAUGACCGCGUGCCUACCUCCGACGGCACAACUGUGCCGCUGCCGACGCCCGCCGCAUGCGGUGCCAGGGCUGCGUCAGACUGCAGCGACUCGGCCUCCAGGUCGCCAAGCAAAGCGACGGGUCGUCGCUGCACGCCGGGGCCCAGAGCGUGCAGCCGACUCGCUCGUGAAGAUUGCGCCGAGAAGCAGAACGGUGCGAGGAGUCCUGUUCGAGCGGCGGACUUGAAGCUGAAGCCCAGCCCAGUGAGGGACCGGUGUGACCACGUGCCUUACACCAUCACCGUCAACCCCUUCGAGGUGAUUGGCAGACAGGAGUUUGCCGACGAUGCCCACUGUAAUUCCACAGGCAAUUUCAGCGGCUUUGUUUGCAAUUACGAUCGCGACGGGUCUUACCUGGCCUUAACUCAAAAAGACAGUUCUGAAUUGCGGGAUGCCUUUGCCAGUUAUUCGAGUGCCCUAUCCAAUGAUUUGCCUUUCAUUGCCGCUGAAAGGAAGGAGCACCUCUGUAAUGGGGUGGCGUUUGAAAGCGAUGGCUUAAACAGUGCUGGUGAAAGCAGCCACUCUCUGGCAGAUCCAUUAUCAAGCGCACCUGGCUUGAUCAAUAUCCCCCGAGAGGUGGUCGAUAUCCUUGCCGUGGACCGGCUGGGACUAGAUGAAGCUGGCGAUGAGAAAUGCGGCUGCAAUAUAAUUGAGGACGUACACAGUGUUGAACUGAACCCAGAUUCCGUACAGUUGUCCUUCGGGGCGACGUACCACAUACCAAAUGGCAACGGAAAGCACUUUUGCGCAUCCUUGCAGGAUUCCUCGAGUGAUGCUUUUGAACAAAUUGCAAUUUCGGCCGGAAACGAACACUUGCACCUUGUGACCGACAGUCGAACCGACCCCGGAGCUUCCCGCGAUUCCACAGAAAAUGGAUUUGACGACAGUGAUGGAAACGAACGGUCGCAGGAUGAGCCAGGACUCGAACCCGAGGCUGCCAAACUCUCCUAUCGACGGCGGGAGAAGAGUUCCACCGCCAGCGACACACCUGACGCCGGUGGGGGCAGCAGCAGAGGCGGCCUCCAUCGCCGCGAUCGCCUCUUUGUGGCGGCCGCUCCCCCGUCUAGCCGGGGGGGCUGCCCAGUGCGCCAGCCACUGGCCGUGCCCGAGGAGCCAGUGAGGGUGUGGGCGGCACAGCUGGUGCAGGCGCUCGACGGGCUUCACAAGCAGGGCCUGGUGUGCGGAGACCUCAACCCUCGCAACAUUCUGCUUGAAUCAACUGGCCACAUCCGAGUGACGUACUUCAGCCAGUGGAGCGAGGUGGAGAAGGCAUUCUCCCAGACAGCCGUGCAGGACAUGUACUGUGCACCAGAAAUUGUUGCUGCAUACCAGGAAACAGAGGUCUCUGAUUGGUGGAGCUUUGGUGUUCUUCUAUAUGGACUCCUGACUGGAGAGGCUCUAUGUCACUGCCAUCCAACUGGCAUCACUGCCCACACCAAGCUAAGCCUUCCCACUCACUUGUCUGAUGAGGCACAGUCUCUUCUCCGGCAGCUGCUGCAGUUCAGCCCCGCUGAGCGGCUGGGUGCGGGACCCAGCGGAGCCGACGAAAUCCGAUUGCACCACUUUUUUGCCUCUAUCGACUGGGAUCAACUGCAGGGAUAACAUCAGCACGGACAAGGGAAAUCUUACUGAUGUUACAACCACAUGGGAUUUUAUUCGGUUUAUAAGAACCGUGAAAUUACGUGUCAACAUGAACACGAAAACAAAAUCUACUUAUGCGGCAAUAAUUUAGUUUACGUUCCAAAAUAAGAAAUGUUAAUUUUCAGGUUUUUUUUUUAACCCUACACCCAAGUGUUGGGAAGAGCCAUCUUGACCUAGUGACCCUAAUUAUGAACCAGGGAAGCACCAUUUUGCAUCAUAAUUGUAUAAAGAGCUUGAUCAUUUUAUAAUUUCCAAGUUUGAAAAUAUUUUUUUAAGUAUUUUACUUCAGGGUGUUACCAUUUACCUUCGCAAUUUAAUAUAUUAAGUUUAGUGUGCAUUUUGCCAUGUAUAAUUUAAAGUGCAUUUUUAUAACCGAUACAAGCCAAAUGAAUUUGUUUUCUAUAUUUAGCAUUUAUACAAUCUCUACAUAAUUGCACGUUUCGGAUCGCAAUUAUGAUUAAAAUGGCUAUCUUUAAAGUCUUUGAGCAAACGGAGAUAAAUGAAACGAAUACAACCACAGUGUAAAUCCUGCCUCAACAAGAACAACGCCUUUGCUCCAAGUGCUUCUAAGAGAGGUCAAAUAAAUAAUUGUGUUAACGGUGUAAAGUGUAUUACAUAGCCUGCUUGUCGCUUUUCGCUCGGAAAAAGUACAACUGCAAGGAGACCUUUGAUGUAUAGCGGCGAGUGUGAUUCAAGGUCGGAGACUGACAAAUGGAUGGUGGGGGAUUAAUCAGUCAGCUGCUUGGGCAUGUGCCGGAAGCAACGCCACUUUUAAAGUGAAACGAAUGACGUUUAUACACAUUGUUACUUCGUGUCAACCGGUACAAAGUACUGAACAACUUCGCCUCUCUGUAAUUGAUACAAUUACGUAUGGGCCAAAUGUGUUGUGCAAAUCAUUUUUGGAAAGUCCUGCAAUUGGUUAUUCCAGACCAUAUUUUAAACCUCGUGUAGUUGCACACCAACACCAUUGCCCGCCUUUUACCAUUCGGAUGGAAAUAUUGUUUUUUCAAGCUGCUCGGUCAUGAUUUAUCAACUCGCUCUGAUCGCUCGCAUUACUACGUGGAGGUGCCAUGGUUUUUUUUUAUCAUUCAAAGCCACAUGUUGCUCGUUACCUUUUUAGAACACUACAGGUAGUCCCCGAGGUCCGACUUACAAUAUUCCGAUCUUACGAUGGCGAUAUGACAAACUUGUAAAAUAUUUUUAAUUUCGCGCGGCAGGCAAAUGCAGCAGCGUACGAGGU